AUGGAUCAAUCGUCGCCCACCACUCGCCCGCGGACGACCUCUCGCGCCUUCAGUCACAAGUCCGACCACAGUCGCAGCAGCAAGCAUGAGGUGUUGGUUGAUAACCCUGCCGAGAAGCAGCGCCGCGACAGUUUCUGGAAGGGCGGGUCCAAGGCGAACCCAAAUGCUGCUAUCAAUGAAGCCCAGCCUGGAGGUGUGUUCUUCUCUCCUUCUGACUUUCCCAUCACCGUCUACCCCGACUACCUGAUCACCACAAUCCUGCAUUCCCAANNCAUGGCCGACAUUGCUGUUAGCUUUCCCGUCACUCCCGCUGACCCCAACAAAGAUGCCGCCGUCAUGGAGAAGUCGACCCUCGAGUCGCUCCGCCACGUCCAACACAAAGAUAGUAAUGGUAAUGUAAUCAGUAAGUCAAGUCCUCUGUUGUCGCCUCCCAGCGCAAUGUCGCUGACCACAUCCCGCNNAGCUGAACCCGAUCUUUCCAACCCAACUCGCCCUCGCUGGGAGAGACCUCUGGACACUAUCAGAUCAUUUGAAAAAGCUAUUGAUGGCGGAUAUAAGCGUCGUUCUGUUAGCAGAUCUGGUACGUGCGCUAUCAAUCUCCAGACUCUGGGACGCCCCACUGACAGACAUCAUNNAGAGAGUUAUACCUACAACAACCACGACCAGAGCCGCAGAAGCAGCUACUAUGGCGGUAACAGUAUGUAUUACAUGUCAUCGAUGGACCGAACUCACACUGACCGGAUCAUGUANGACCACGAUUCUGCCCGCUACGAAAAUGGCUCGCAAUACGGUGGUCACUACGGAUCACGCCGCCAGGACGGUCAUUCAGACGCCGGUGUCCCUGGAGGCCCUCCGAGCCGCAACCAAUACGCAAGGCGCAUGAACUCGAGUCGUUCCAACAGCGCAUACGGAUUCUACCCUCAGCAUAGCUACAAUGAUUCGUACGAUGCCGGUGCGCAACACAGCGAUGGUACUGGACCUUGGGCAAACUCGACAGAUCCCAGCAGUGAGAACAGCUCACUGGACCGCGCCAACGGCGUUCCUAAGCAGACCGACCCAUAUGGUCACGAUAUCUACAACGGACCUCCGAUCAUGGAGGAGUAUGCUAGUGAUUCAGAUGGUGGUUACGGCAUGUCGUACGGCAACAGAAACGGAGUCGCAGGUGGGAACCCAGCGGCCCCGACACGUUCACAAGCACCGCCCGUCCGCGCACCUAUCAAGCUCGGUGGUGCUGAUGGUCAACUUGCUUCCCAAGGUGGAAGCCUGCCGCCUGCCACAAGACCUACUGCAGCAAAAGAGGAGAAGAAGAAGGGAUUCUUCAAGAAGCGUUUCAGCAAGGGCUAA